AUGAACUCCCUGACAAAAACGGAAAGAGAGAAUUUGAUUAAAGUCUAUAAAAAGUUGGAUGAAAAUGGCGACGGAAAACUUGCACGCGUAGAGCUUAUCAAUGCUGUUCGAAAUUAUUUGGACGAAACAAAUCAAGCUGAAACAGAAACCAAACGAAGACAGGUUCUGAGCAUUGUGGAGACAGUUGUAAAAGCAAUCGACAAGGAUAAAAAUGGGCUCAUUUGCUUGGACGAAAUGGCAACCACGUUUAGGGAUGAGUGUCAAGAUGGACCAGUUGUAGUUGUUGCUGCAAUUUUGAGAUUUUCUCUUUGGUUUGCAAACGUGGAUAGCUCAAAUGACGGUAAAAUUUCGAAAGAAGAACUUUACGACUUCAUUUACGCCUCCCUUCCACAAGAUUGCGCAGCUAGCCAGAGAGGAUCGCAAGCUGAGAACUUGGCUGAAAUGGUGACGAAGAAAAUUCUCGCUGGAGUUGAUGCGGAUUCGGAUGGCAUGAUGUCUGUCGAAGAAGCUGUUGGAGCAAUUCAAGUGGUUUUCCCGACAAUCGCUCUUUUUCUUAUCUUGAAAUGCUUCGCUACAAAUCAGCAAAGAAGGAUGCGGCUAAAUACACCUUAUAAUUUGAAUUUUGCCAGGUUGAGCAUCAAGCCAAAUCUCGAGCCGUGCAUGGCUUGCCAUCGAGUUUCUCCGAUUCCGAGGCGUAACGGACGAAUAAAGCCUUUGAUUCCAGUUGAGAAACUGAAGUUUUGGUCGAUUUCCUCUCCAUCCCUCCUUUCUUCGAUGGAAACAACCGCGAGUAGAAGAUACGAAAAUUUGAACUUCCCAAUUCGCGAAAGUUUGAUGAGUGUCGACAGAGAAUUAACGAAACCACUUUCAGAAAUAUAG